UACUUGAAUAAAAGAUACGCUGUUAACGGUUCAGGUUUAACUUUAUCGGAUGGAUACUUACGCCUGCACAUGUUUAAGCAGUGUUUAUCGUUUUAAAGAUAUCGACUUUUGGUUUUUAUGAAGUAAUAUGUUGUUAUUUAGUUUACAUAUUGCCAAGCUAAAAUGGGUGAGAAACUAAACUUUACUGGCAGAGGGUUGUACGGGAGAAAUACCACAAACGUAAAAUACUGGCUUGUACACAAAACUAGGACAAUAUAUAAUUACAAGCUUUUAAGAAAUGAGAAAUGGUUACUGUAUGUAUUUUUCACUGGUAUUACAUAAAAAUAGUGUAAACUAGGCCGGAAAGCUAACCUGGAAAAUUAAAAGCGAUAUAAUUUGAACCAGUUAAUUUAUUUUUAGCUCUAACAGGGCAUAUGAGAUGGACUUUGUUAGACCGGAAAGGCGUUUGGAGUCAGCCAUUUUUGUAUAUUGAAAUUAGUGAUUCUAGGGAUCCCGUGAUUCUAUUUAUAGCUUCAGCGGAAAAAAUGAACCAAAUUAAAGACAUAAGCGCAUGCGCGAUCACAAAAAAACAUAACAUCCGGUUUAUUAACGAGAAACCAUCAUGGACAAAAUAAUGUUUGAUCUAACAUGCUUUCUGAUGUUAAUGCAUUAUUUGAUAACAGAAAUGUUGAAAAAAAAGAAAAGUUCAUUACACGCAAUAGUGAUUGGAACAGUGGUAGAGACUGCUUCUGACAUGCCAUUGUUUUUUCGACAUGAAAUAGUUAGGGCAAUACCCAUCGCCCCAACUUCGUAUUCUCCAGAGUUUACAUAUGACUUGCGCGACGAACGUCAUCGCUUAACAACGUUCCAGUACAUUGAAACACGUCUAAAUCUGAGCUUGAUUCGUUUAGCCGCUUCAGGAAUGUAUUACACCGGUACAGACACGAUUGUAAAAUGCAUUUUCUGUGGUGCUGUCCAACACAUUUUGGAAAUAUACGACUUGUAUUUUGACGUAUCGCGCCUACAUGCCCACAGCUGUACUCCGGUAUCCAGGGCUGCACAAGGAAAUAUACCAAUCGAUUCAUACACGGUUACAGGACUAAACAGAAGUUCUAAUGGUAGAAGUGGUUUCUCACCAAACCUCCCAAACUACCCCCAUACAGAUGCGUAUAAUCGCAAUAACGAGUCUGAAAUGAGGAGAUUAGGGAUUUACACCGCAAAACCAAAACAUGAGGAUUUCUCUGUUCUUCAAAUUCGUCGCCGCUCCUUUAGGAACUCUCCUGAACACCUUAAAGCACGUGCAGAUGACUUUGCCGAAGCCGGCUUCUUCUUUACAGGCUGUGGGGAUGGCAUUCGUUGUUUCCACUGUGGUCGAAAACUAGGAAACUGGAGUGCCGAGGAUAAUCCAUGGCAAGAGCAUGAAAGAUUCUCCCCAGAAUGCGUCUUUAUCAAAAUAAAUCCGGAGAGAACCAGACGCUUUCAUCGUCAGCCUCCUGAUCAAUCAAAUGAUAGUUUUCAUCAGGUGGAACACGGACGACGAGUUGUCAACAACAUCCAGCCAAAAAGACCCGACGAAGUUCCAAGUUCUCAACAAAACCACGCACACAGAAACCUAUGUAGGACUUGCCACAUUCGACCACCAACUGUGCUGUUCGAAGACUGUAGACAUUUGGUGUCGUGUCGACAAUGUGCCAUGUUCUUAUCGUAUUGUCCCGUUUGCAAACAAUACAUCACAAAAAAGACGGUUGUUAACUUCAGUUAAUAUGCAUUUAAGAUAGCAUUAGCAGCAUAUUCUCUGGACAUAUAGGCAAAAUAAUCGACGCCCCUUUGACGGCAAUGCUAAUUGAUUUAACUUUGUAAGAGUUAUCUAAUAUGUCUAUCCCUGGGAAAUUGUAACAUACUCUGAUAUAGAAAUGAUUUUGUUAUGAUUUUGUUAGUGAUGUUUUAAAACGUUUUUAUCAUAAGCCGAGUGACUCAUAGACCAGAAUGUUUUAUCAUUUUUGUAGAGGACCAUGCUUAAAUCACAUUUGGUUUAUUUAGCUAAAUAGGCUUGUGUUUUCCGUUACUUAAAAGUUUUGCAAGAAAGUGCCCAUUAACUAUGUUACCCUAUGGCGAGGCCAGUUUUGCUUCAAGGGUAUACUCCUACUUCUACUUCUACUACUACUACUUCUACUACUACUACUACUUAUUAUUAUUAUACUUAUCAUCAUCAGCAGCAGCAGUAAUAGUUUGAUGCUGAUUAUGAUGAUUAUUAUUUUAUUACGUCUAGUUAUCGUAUAUUCGCUUGACUAUUUUUAGUUUUCAUGGUUGAUUUAAAGUUAUUUUAUAUCAGUUUAUUGAAAAUUGCAGUUUGAAAAAAAACCACAACUGUUUCUAAUGUGAUACGUGUAUGAAGUAAAGUUAUUAUUAUCAUAUGGCACAGACAGGAGGCAUAUAGUUCCCGUACUGUCUGUCAGUAUGACAGCACUAUUUUGUAUCUUCUGAUAUACACACACGUUUCUAAAAAUGUGUAUAAGCAUAAACUGGUGGCCAAGUUCAAUACCCACCGAAUUCCCACCAAUAGAUUUGGAGUUACGCCACUUGAAUUGCUCAUUCUUUUUUGUUCUUUGAUUCAUUCCGCUCUGAACUUAAAGUGUUUUCAACCGAAUGUCACUAAACCUUUUGUAAAUCAUCCUAAGACAACGUUUUGUUUGUAAAACGCGUCUCUCCACGUCAGAAGUUAAGGUCACACUUUCAAGCCAAAGGUCAAAUUUUGCCUUAUUAUUCAGCUUUAUAAUUCCUUUCUCACCCGUAAAUUAUAUUAAUGGAUUUUAAAGAAACUUGGCACAAAUGCAAACCUUUAUUAAACUAUGCGUCACGUGUAACACUUGAGGAUAAGGCAUUUGGUGUGUAACAAUGUAGAACCUGUCUCCCUACCUAGGUCGUGGUCACAAUUAAAGAUUAAAAACCAAACUUGGACAAAAACAAUCUUUUCCGGAAUGUACAUUUGUCAUCCAUCAUGCACUUUCAAAAUAACCUACCACAAAAUACCAACCUGGGAGACUGAGUGCCGCCUUAUCACCCGUCUCUUUGCCUCAAUGGUCAAGUUCACACUAUGGGGCAAAAAUUAAAGUUUGUAUUAAAACGCUUUUUUUUUACAUAAGAGAAGUUUUGAGAGACAAUUAUAUAAGGGGCAUUCAUGUCUUAU